AUGCAUCUCCCUCUUAUCCUCUCUCUUUCCACCCUCUCCCUCGCCCUCCCAACCAACCCAGUCACUGCCAUUCCUGGCUCCUCUUCCCUCUUCACCACCUAUCCGGGCAAACAAACCCCCCUCGCCUCCAACUACACCAAAGUAAUCCCCGCAACCAAGACCGGUCCCCCCGGCCAAGACGACCUUCUCUUCCAGAACCUCCUCGCCGCAGAAUGGUCCAUCUACACCUUCUACCAACAAGGCGUGGAAGCCUUUUCCGCCUCCAACUUUACCGACAUCGGCUUUCCAAACACAACAUACGAGCGUCUCACCCAAGUCCGAGAUAACGAGGCAGGCCAUGUCCGCAUCUUCCAGGACCAAAUCUCCGACACCUCCCUCAAGCCCGGCCCCUGCAGAUACAACUACAACUUCAACAACAACCCAAUCACAUACCUCGCUCUGCAGGAGUAUCUCGAGGUAUCCAGCAUGGCAUUCUUGACCGGCCUCGCCCGCCAGGCGAACCUCAACGCCUCCAAGUCCGCCCUCAUGGCCAUCGGCCAGGUCGAAUCGCGCCACAACACCUGGUCUCUCAUUGAGAAUUGGAAAACAUCCCCCUUCUCCGGCCCCUCGGACACAGUCUACCCACACGCAAACCACAUCCUCGAGCUAACCAGGAACUUCAUCAUCCCCGGAUCCUGCCCUUCCCAGAACCCAGUCUAUCCCAACCCCCAGCCAAAGUUGAUCACGAUGGGCUACGACAAGAACAGCACGACCGCACGUCCCGGAUCGCGGAUUCGCUUUACCUUCUCGGAAACGCCCAAGUUCGAGUCUGGCAAGGAUUACUAUGCGGUUUUCUUUCACGGGGUGGAGCCGGUUAGUGUGCCGUUUAAUGUGAAGGACUGGACUGUUACGAUUCCCAAGUUCGAUGCGACGAGUAUUAUUAUUGCAGUUAUCGCGGAUGAGAAGGGGGCUGUUAAUGAGGACAGUGUGAUUGCUGGGCCGUUGAUUCUAUUGGAGCAGCCGGCGAGUUUGACGCUGAGUUUUUAG